AUGGAACUCUUCCCCCCCUUUUGGUUGGUUGACCCGGCGUUUACAACUGACCCGACUGCCUCAACACCCUUCGAACACCAGAUUGAAAUAAAUGCGCUCCGCUUCUUUCUCAAAUACCAUCUGGCUUAUAGACACAUUUUCGUAUGUGAGCACCUUUUCCCGAGUCUUUUGGCCAUGCAACUGAGCUGGUUUCGAGGUCUGGUUGCAAAAGUUAGUUGCCUGGCUGUUUGGUUGGGUGGUUGGCUCGCUGCUGCCCGGUCGGCAACCUUCUGUCCCCCUUACGAUGAUGGGAGCAAGCCAGUCGAUCCCACCGGGGCAACUGUCGUCCAGCCGCCCCAAUUCUCCUUAUCCCAUCACAAGACUUCUCGCAGCCCUUCCUCCCUCAACUUCGCCAUCCAGACAGCGACUGACGAAUUUAAGAUCGAGUCCACCACCGUCGAGUCAACACUCCUCGAUAUUUCAGAAACCCCGAAUCAUUCAUUGAUUGAUGUUGCCCCUUGGGUCACUGCAGUGGGUCGCCACCCAUUUCUGCUCAAGGAACGAGUGCCCGCCAAACGACCUGACGUACAGAAACGAGAGGAGAUUGACUCGACUGAACGCAAGCAUGGGUUAGCGCGGCGACACGUUUCUUUUGCUGAAAAGGAUAGCUUUCCCUUUUUGCCAAGGGUGUUGGCGCAUGCCCGUCGGGCGGUUGUCUGCCGUCUCCUGGCCAGCACCGAUUGCCCUCCGUUUGUCCAAAUGCCCGAGCCUUUUCGGUCUAACGUCGCCCUCUCUGCCAGUCUGCCUGAUGUUGGUAGGUUGAGGCACCUGAUUGAGGACUGGCUGCACUCCCUACCCCCGAAUCUGCAUCUGGGGGGCAGGCACAGGGCUAUUUAUGCGUAUAAUAAGUCGACGGAAACGUUUGCAUUAAUGUCUGCUAGCUCUCAAUUGGAAACGGAAUUGUGCAUAUACAAGAAUCUUCUUCUCUUUUUGUCAGACCCAGUCGCGUCGGCCCAUUUGAUUACCAUCCUUCUUCGUCUGGAUAUUCUCGAAGGGUGUCUUUGUAACAAGGGAAAGCUGCCUUUCCAAAACUGGGACAAAGACAGAGAUGCCUCAGCUGCUUGCUGGCGGGCCCAGCUGCUUUCUCAUCUCGUUGCCACAAUCAGACUUGCAGAUGCCAGCAACCAGUAUGACGAGAUGAAGCCUUCGGGAGCCAAGAUCGGACUGGUGUCAGGGGGUGAUUUUAGUGGCGUUGCAAUCGGCUCUUGA